AUGAUUACUAAGCUUUCACUACACCCCGACUCCGUGCCCAAUUUCACUCAGACGCGUGGUGUUCUUUGUCAUAAGCAUCGCAUUUGGCAGGGCACCUGCUCGCUGCACCGGCAGGUCAUCGAAGCAAUGCACAGUUCAGCUCUCGGCGGCCAUUCUGGGAUUCCAGCAACUUACCAUCGUUUGAAGCAGUAUUUCUCCUGGCCAGGGAUGAAAGCUUCUGUUCAGGCCUUUGUGCGCUCAUGCACAGUGUGCCAACAAGCUAAGCCGGACUGCACCCGUUAUCCUGGACUUCUGCAGCCGUUGCAUGUUCCUGUUGGUAGCUGGGAAAUGGUUUCUCUCGACUUUGUGGAAGGUUUGCCUCGCUCUGGUUCUGCUAACUGCAUCUUGGUGGUCGUUGAUAAGUUCUCUAAGUUCGCUCACUUUGUGCCCAUGCACCAUCCGUUCAUGGCCUUCACAGUUGCUAAGUCCGCUUACCAUGGCGGCGGCGGCGGUAGGUUCGAGCAUACCUACCGCUGCUACCCGGCGUCCUCCGCCGCCAGGCCGCACCUGGAGACGGGCGACAAGGUGAUCUUGCCGGCGUCCGCGCUCCACCGCCUGGCCUCCCUCCGCAUCGAGUACCCCAUGCUGUUCGAGCUCCGCGGCUGCAGCAACGCCAGCGACGACGCCCCGCGGGCCUCGCACUGCGCCGUGCUGGAGUUCGUGGCCGACGAAGGCAUGGUGGUGAUGCCGGGGUGGAUGAUGGCAAACCUGCGGCUGCGGUCGGGAGACGCCGUCCGCGUGCGGAGCGCCGCACUCCCCAAGGGUACCUACAUCAAGCUGCGGCCACAUGCGGCCGCCUUCCUGGACGUCUCCAACCCCAAGGCCGUCCUGGAGAAGACGCUGCGGGCCUUCUCGUGCUUCACCACGGGGGACACCAUCAUGGUUGCCUACAACAACAGGAGCUACCGCAUCGACAUCGUCGAGAUGAAGCCGGCGACGGCGGUCAGCAUCGUCGACACGGACUGCGAGGUGGACUUCGCGCCUCCGCUUGACUACAAGGAGCCCGAGAAACCGCAGCAACCUACAGCUUCACCUGCUGAAGCUGGAGAUGACGACAAUGCCGAGGUUAAAGAUGAUGAGCCUCCAGAGUUCAGACCGUUCACUAGUUCCGGGAAAAGAUUGGAUGGUAAAGCCUCGGAGCUAUCAUCGGAGGGUCGUCGUCCUUCCUCCAUUGCAGCACGCUCUGCAGCACCUUCAGAUUCAAACGGAAGAGGAAAUAAGCAGCAAACUUCGUCUGUGGCACCGGCAGCUUCUGCAGCGAGCAGCUCAUCUGCUCGUCAGAAAACAGGAAAGCUUGUCUUUGGUUCGAGUGCAAGAAGCAACACCGAUAAUAAUGAAGCACAGAAGGCUCCUGUUAAGCAGGCCGAGAAACCCGACGAGCCCAAGUUCCAAGUGUUCACGGGGAAGAGUUACUCCUUGAAAAAAUAG